AUAGUUUGGCAAUAAACUUACAAGCCAAAGUUUUGAGUUCUUGAUGGCCUCUCUCAUUUCUUCUCCUCUCUUCAAAUUUCUGCUUAUUUCCUUCACUUUUCUCUCAUUUUUUCUGAAUAAAAGCUAUGCUUUUGAAAGAAGAAAAGCCAUAGGAAGCCAUUAUCAUACUGUUGAAAUCAGCUCUCUACUACCUGCCUCAGUCUGCAGCUCCUCCACCGAAGGUCCCAACAAGAGGCCAUCGACAUUGAAAGUUUUCCACAGGCGUAAUCCAUGUUCUAAACACAGCCAAGACAAGGCCACCACAUCCCUCUACGAGACACUCUCCCAGGACCAGUCCCGGGUCGACUCGAUCCAGUUCAAGAUCAAUCAGAAUGUAGACAUUGACAAAAUUAACGAUAAGCAAGCGACCCUUCCGGCCCAAUCUGGUCAAUCACUCGGCUCGGGAAAUUACAUUGUAAGCCUUGGCCUUGGAAGGCCCAAGAAAUCCUUGUCCUUGGUUUUUGACACUGGAAGUGACCUAACAUGGACUCAAUGUCAACCCUGUGCGGGCUCUUGCUAUACACAGAAAGAUCCAAUUUUCAACCCUACUGAAUCGACCUCAUAUUCAGAUGUCUCGUGUAGUUCCACUCAAUGUUCUCAGCUCUCCUCAGCGACUGGAAACGACCCAAGUUGCAUCAACCAAACAUGUAUGUAUACCAUGCAAUAUGGUGACCAAUCCUUCACUAAGGGAUUCUUUAGUAAAGACACACUGACCAUAUCACCAUCAGAUGUAGUUCCGAACUUCUACUUUGGCUGUGGCCAAAACAACGAUGGCCUGUUUGGCAACACGUCCGGCGUACUAGGCCUUGGCCAGGACGCUCUCUCUAUCGUGUCCCAAACCGUGCAAAAAUUCGGGAAUACUUUAUACUAUUGA